UCAAUGGCUAACCAGCGAAAGGGGCCGUUAGUUCUCACUAACUAUAAGCGAGUGAUCGAAGUCUGGUUCGACGACCUCUACAAACAGUAUUUCUACGCCCGCGAGCCUAUGGCACAGUUCUACGACGCCGGGGAUAUAUCCAAACAAAUGGAGCUUAAAGAACGCCUACAAUGCAAAUCUUUCGAUUGGUUUGUCAAAAACCAUGCGAUGGAUGUCUUUAGAAACUUCCCGCGACUUCCGGAUAACGUGGUUUGGGGUGAAGUACGUCUGGAGCAGACGGGCACAUGUCUGGACUCCGGAGGCUCUCAACCGCCGUCCACUGUGUCGUUGUCUCACUGUCACGGACACGGAGGCAACCAAUUGUUCCGUUUGAACCAAAAGGGUCAGCUCGGACUCGGGGAACGGUGUGUCGACGCCAAUAGGGAUAAAAUGACACUUAUUUACUGCAAAUUGGGAACAGUAGACGGCCCCUGGAGUUACGAUAAGGAUACCCAACAAAUGAAGUAUAAGCGUAAGAGUCUGUGCCUGGCCUGGGAGGGCGACCAGGGGAAGGUGCACCUGACUGAGUGCCGCACCGGCGACCGGUCCCAGCGCUGGAAUUGGAAGCAACUACAGCCCCGGCUCUGAGCCCUCAGUCAUUACAAUAGCUCUUAAAUUAAUGCCUUUUUACUAUCAAUUGUCACAUCAUAUCGUCUCUUAUGUCAUAA